GCGUGAUACGUGACGCGGCAAUGCGCGUGUUCGCAGUCCUGCGGAUCCGCGUGAGCGGCCCCGUCAUGGCCGCCGUCCCCUCCCUCCGUUCUGUACCGCAGUCAAGCGUUUUAGUUCGAGGAGGGACGGGCUGCCGAUCGCCUUCUACCGGUCUUCGUCUCACAUGUCAGUUUUAACGUGAUCGCCGCGCUGCGAUAUUUCAGAAUCAGAGGAAGAAAAGCAUUGUCUUACAUGCUGCUUCCAGGGUAAUGAAGUGAGGAAGUCAUCCUCGUAGCUCACUCAUCUCGUCUCAUCCCUUUUCAUAUACGUGGCCUUAUGGAGAUUUAUGCUGUGAGCAGCACCGGGAAUCAAUGCUAAGGUGAACACCAGCGCGUCAACUAUGAGUGGGGGCACUGUCUCCACCGCGACCGUGGUGCCUAGCAGCUCGCUGCAGGACCCUGCAUUGCCAAGAGCCCCGACACCGGUGGCUGCUGAGGAGGAGGAUGGCGAAGAAGAGACCCAGAACACACUUGUCAAUAGGUCGUACAAGUGCACUGAUUGCGGUUGCUCGUCUCCGCAGCUCCCCGUGCUGGAGGUGCACGAGAUGUCCCACUCAUCCGAGCGGCCGUACCGCUGUGAACAGUGUGGCAAGGCCUUCACUCAGACAUCGGCACUGGCCAAGCACCAGCGAGUUCACACGGGCGAGAAGCCCUACCAGUGUCCUUCCUGCGAGAAGCGCUUUGCCCUCUCUUCGGGUUUGGUGUUGCACAAGCGCACGCACACGGGUGAGCGGCCGCACAGCUGCCCCCUCUGCACCAAGACCUUCAUUUCAUCAUCACACCUCGCGCUGCACCUGCGCUCGCAUACCGGAGAACGUCGCUACAAGUGCAGUGUGUGCGGCAAGCUGUUCCUGCAGUCCUCCCACCUGGUGCGACACAAGGCUAUCCACACUGGUGAGAGGCCCUUCAAGUGCCCUGAGUGCGGUAAGGCCUUUGGCCGGGCUUCCCACCUCAAGACGCACCGGCGGUUGCACACAGGUGAGAAGCCCUUCAAGUGCACGCAGUGCGACAAGGCCUUCACACAGAAGGCCGGCCUCAUCAUGCACCACCGGCUACACACAGGUGAGCGGCCCUUCCACUGCGACGUCUGUGGUAAGUCCUUCCGCUCCUCUGCCCACCUGCUCUCGCACCGGACCCUGGAGUCAGGCGCACGGCACUUUGUCUGCGCCCGGUGCGACCGCGCCUUUCGCUCGGCGGCUGCGUUACGACAGCAUGAGGAGGCGCAUGGGGGCGGUGAGACCUUCCGUUGCAGUGUGUGCCGCCGCUUGUUUGCCCGCUCCGCCUGCCUGCAGCUGCACGUGCGUACCCACACUGUGGGCCGACCUUACCACUGCAUGGUGUGCAACCGGACUUAUGCUAAGAUGGCCACCUUUGAGAGGCACUGCCGUAAGCAUCAGUGGCAGAAUGGAGACCUGGAACAGAGCCCUAAGGAAGAAGAUGAGGAAGACGACACGCAAGAAGAGGAGGAGGAGGAUGAUGCAUUGUCUCCCCCUCUUCCCUCCCCACCCUCAACCCUUUCACAGCCCCCCCAGUCUGAGGUCAACACCCGGUCCAAGACAAGGGCCAAAGCCAAGUGCCAGAAUACCAGCACAGAGUGAAAAAUACCAAAUUGCCAGAGAAAACUUUGUUGUAUCAUGCAGAUGUGUGCUGUCGAGGAAGGCCUCAGAAGUAGAGCCCAAGCCCCAGAACACACCUGAAGAUACAUCUUACCACUUUUUAACCCCCAUCAGAGAGGGAGUGCAGUGUGUUCCUCACACCCCCAGUGCUCCGAUCAAUAACUUCUCCAGUCCAAUUGGUGCAUGUGGAGAUCUGAAAUGUUACAUAAUUUUAAUCAUUUAAAGGGGUAUGUUGAUCUGCAAUGUUAUACACUUGUGUGACUUUUGAAAUGCACAACAUGUCACUGUAGCCCUCUAUUUAUUAUUGUAUUAUAAAUUCUGUAUCCUGAUAGGACAGUUUCCAGACAAAGAUGUUACUAUGUCCCAGUGUUACUAUUUUUAGCUGUUCACCAAUCUCCUAAAUUCUCUUAGACAAAAGGGUUGGCUGAAAAAUGGAUAAAAAAUUAAUAAUCAUAGUUAUAAUUGUGAGCACAGUAUGUUCAUACAAGUCUGAUGUGCCCCCUGCACAAUUUCUGUGUAAAUUCUCUGAAAAAUUUGUCAGCUUCAGAUUUGUUUGAGACUGUGCUCGACUUAUUCAAGGAUUUUUCUAUUUUUGAACUUUAUUACAGAUGCUUCUCAACUUACAAUGGUUCAACUUAUGAUUUUUUGACUUUACGACGGUGACCUGGCGGCAGACAUUCAGUUGAAACUGUAUUUCAAAUGUUGAAUUUUGAUUUUUUUUCCCAGGCAAAUGAUAUGCAGUGUGAUACUCUCUCGUGAUGCUGG